AGUGUAGACUUUGAUUUUUCUAAUGAAGGUUGGUGCUGCCUCCGUUAGCGGAUGGAUUUAUAAUACUGAUUAACAAGAGAGCGCAAAACGAAGCUAUAAGGAUAAAAUAUGGGAUUAAAGCACAGCAAACCCCGAUUAAGAAGACGAAUGUCUUCAAGGUCGAGCAAGAACCGUUUAAAUCCUGAAGGGAGUCCAAGUCCUGCCGCAAGAGUUGGCCCUGCAAGCGUUUCAGAGAACAAAACUGGGUGCAACGAUGCGUGCCCCUGCAGAAAAAAGUUGGACCCCCACGAGGAACAGAACCGGUCGAUGACGUCAUCAACCCCCAAAAUUACCUCAACCCCGAAUCCAAGACAAGAUUCUUCUGAAUGCAUCCUUUCACAUAAAGAUGGUUUGAAAGUAAACCUGCCCACCGAAUCCGAAGACUCGAAAGGAGAAACGGCAUGUGACGUCACCCGAGUAACGUCACAAUCAGACCCAACGGAAACGGAGAAUACCGACAUCACUGUGACUUUAUUUGAAGCUGAAAAUCUAAAUCAAAACGAGGAAAUUCGUCGUUUGAUGACGUCAAUACGUGACGUAGUCGACACUUCGGUGAAGAAGUGCCAAGGUCAGAGGAUGCGGGUUCGAGUGUCCGUCACUCCGGAACCAAGGAUGAAAAAUCGCCUCCGUGACGGCUGUGACGUCACGGAUUCAUUACGUCACACUCCGCGAUCAAAGAGCGAAGAAGUCAAGGGCACGAGUUUCAGAAGUCUUAACAGCGACACCGCGCGACGGGAGGUAAUGGGACAGGACGGCCGCACGGAGAGUGGCGACCGAUCGAGUCAUUAUCGACAAAUUCCAGGGGGAAAUGACGUUCAGGUUAAAGACGACACAGAGGAUCUAUCCCUACCGCUACACAGACGGUCGAAAAAGUCUCGAUCGUCAAAACCACAUGAACCCGGCGCUUGCUGCAGCCGACAACGGCGGCACGGUCGUGGCUGUCACAACGUCAGAUCUCAGAGCGGAAAAUACCAGUCACCGUUCGACCAAAGCUUUCAAGACGCGAUGUUCGUACGCUUGCGUGAACUCCAAAGGAACAGCGAGGAGCAAGCGAAGAUCGCUCGACGUGCUGGCGGAGAUGAUGACGUCAGCUGUAGUCACGCACAGGUGCAUGACGUAAGCGGACAUGAGACUCCGCGAAAAUCCGAAAGGAAGAAUUCAUGUGAACCAAUGCAAUACACGAAUGAUGACUCGGACUCGGAGUACAGUGGUGACGACGAUGGUCACGUGUUGAGUUGCAAAUCAGUAACCGAACCCAUGUCUCGAAUGUUUGAGCCUCUGAGCAGACAAGCCGUGGCCGCAAUAUCGAAACCAGCUGACCGUACAGAGAAAAGAGUAGAAGGCCACGUAGAACACGCGCUUGCUUUGAAUUACUUAAAAUCCCCAAAGCUUGAUGACCAGCGCAUGGUACACCGACACUAUCAUGCCCCCAAUCCCACGGUACAAAAUGCUUUGGACAACAGCGACGUUUCCGAUGAAAACACAGCGGAAAAGCACUGGAACCGAACCAGCGAUAAAGUCGAUCCGAAAAAGCGAAAGUUACGGAAAAAGAAGAAGAGUCCGUCGGUAGGCGCCAGGCCCCACCAUGGGUACCUACGAGCCAGCACCCUUCCGCCCGGGUCAUCUAUCCCCAACACUCCUAAAGUGACGUCAUCAACGAAUGUGACGUCACACGAGCGACCAGCGGGCGAAACACCGAACGUGCAAACGCAUAGGCACGAACAUUUUCACCAUCAUUAUUAUUAUCCUUGCAAACCCAGUACGUAGUAUAUCGCAGCGAGCACAACUGAGGAAAACGAUUUUUUUUGUUCUCUUUCUCAGUCAUUGAAACGUCUAACGUCGUAAACUUAUUCAUUUACAUCAGUGACUUGAUGUCUCUUCGGUUAGGUGUACAAUACAUGGUGCUUGUUAAGUUGAGCAAAAGUAAUGGCGGACAACCGAAGAUUUUCCCACACUUCCUAUUUAUUUAUGGUCGAUCAUUAUCCGUCGAUCUUGAAGAUUUCUUCGCGCUUUUUUGUAUCCGCCAUAUUAUUUUAACCUCCGUUAAGAAUCUGUUAUUCCCUUUCCCGUGCCUCUUUUCCUACCGCGUUUUUGUUUACCUUCCAUUUUUGAUUAUUUCCAGUGUUUUCAGAAAGUUGUUUAUGUUCUACGCCGAUACUUCAAAAUAAAAGUUAAAUGAAAGAC